AUGUCGGCCUCUGCAACGGCUGUCGUAAAUUCGAGUUACCGGCCACGAUACAUUGACAUCGGAAUCAACCUGGCUGAUCCCAUCUUCCGCGGGCGAUACUACGGCAAGCAGCGGCACCCGGACGAUCUGGCCAGCGUGAUCCAGCGUGCUCACGAUGUCGGCUGCACCAAGCUCAUUGUGACGGGCUCCAGCUUCAAGAGCUCCCGGGACGCUCUGGAGCUGACCCAAGAAUUCCCCGGCGUGGUUCUUGCAACAGCCGGCAUCCAUCCCUGCAGCAGCGCCAUCUUCGAGGCCAGACACCCGCACCAUCACGAGGCCGACGACGACGAACAUGUGGCGGCAUGCGGUGCAGACCCGACACAGCCGCAUGCCGACGACGGCGAGAUUGACGCGACCAAGUCAGCCCAGAUCGUGGCCGACCUCCACGCCCUGAUCGAGACAGCACCCGCUAGCGCACUUGUUGCGUUUGGCGAGAUCGGCCUCGACUACGACCGGCUGCACUACUGCUCGGCCAGCACGCAGCGGCACUCCUUCUCGACACAGCUGGCCUUGGCCGCCAGUCUGUCGCGUCCGCUCCCGCUUUUCUUGCACUCCCGCGCCUGUCAUGCGGAUUUUGUCCGCCUGCUGAAGGAGCAGUUCGGGCCCCGGCUCGAGAGAUUGGCCUGUGGCGCUGUCGUCCACAGCUUCACGGGCACCAUUGCCGAGGCCGAGGAGCUGAUGGAUCUCGGCCUGUACAUGGGCGUCAACGGGUGCAGCCUCAAGACGGCAGAGAACUGCGAGGUGCUCAAGGCCAUCCGGCUCGACCGCCUCAUGAUCGAGACAGACGGGCCCUGGUGCGAGGUCCGGCCGAGCCACGAAGGCUGGCGGUACUUGGUCGAGGCAGCCGAGGCGGCCAAGGUCCAGCAUGCAGAGCUAGAAGCCAGAGAGGAGCAGGUCCGGCAGGUCGAGCAGGUGCCUGCGACGUCAGCUACGGAGAAACGGACGCUAACACCCAAGAAAAGCAAGCAGCCGCCGCAGCAGAAGAAAGAGCCAGUGGUGCCGGAACGGUUCAAGGUGGUAAAGAAGGAAAAGUGGGAAGAGGGCGUCAUGGUCAAGGGCCGCAACGAGCCCUGCAUGAUUGAGCGGGUGGCCACCAUCAUCGCAGCCGUAAAGGGUGUGCCGGUGGAAGAGGUAUGCGAGGCAGCAUGGGCUAACACGAUCAAGCUGUUUGGCCUGGAAGACACGGCACAACUCUCGUAG